AUGCCAGGCUCAGCUACGUCAAGGCUACCUACACCCCGCCUUGCAUCGCCGUGGCAAUGGGCGUACGUUCCUUCAAACACCAACCCGUCUGCAAGAGUACUUGCACCCAUCAACCAGGAAACUCAGGAGAUACACCCAUCUUUCUACCGCAGGUUUCCAUCCGCACUUGCCAGUAUAACACCUGCAACGCAGCCAGAGAAGAGCUACUCAGAGCGCAUAGCUUCCAGACGAGAGGCUUCCCAUGCGAAGUGUGAGAAAUGGCUGGCUAUCGACAAGGCCAAUGUACCUCAGCAAGAGCUGGAGCAGCUGAGUCUGGACUCUGAUGAAGAGGAGUGGGAGAAGGUUGAUGGUGACGAGGAUUGGGAGUUUGUCGAUAGUCCUGGAGUCGAGGAAGACAUAGUAUCCAUGUUGCUUACUACAUGA